AUGAAGCUGCUGCACCGGUGGAUGGUCAUUGGGUUAGCUGGGUAUGAACAAGUUUCCCUUUUUUGUUGUUGUCUUUCUUCCCAGCCCCCUAUUUUUGUUGCGCUCCGAUUGUUGGGACUGCAAGGUGAGUUGAAGGUAAACCGACGGUUCCUCCUGUUCUGCCUGCGGCACGAGCUCAGUUUGGGUGUCGGGACGUUGGACCCCCUGUACAGGGCUAUCAUCUGGAGUCUGAACGUCGCCUACAGUGGGCGCUUUCCAAGCAAAGAUUGGGAGGGGAACGCGUUGAGUGGUGCACGCGCGCUUCGUGCCGGGAGUCCGAUAGCCGGUGGGCCUUAUUGCCUGACUGAAGUGAGGGGUGACUGGAAAUGGUUGAAGGAGAUCUUUGAUAUGAAGAACUUUUGGCGCCGGAAACAGGGGGUGUGCUUCAAGUGCAAAGCCAAUGCUGUUUAUGGACCUUAUUCGUAUGUGAACGUGGAGGACUACACAUCGGUUCCAAGGCUGUCGACAUCGGAGUUCUUUUCUGUAGCGUUGAAAGACUACAUCAGCCCCAUUUGUAUGGCGGUCGGGUGGCAGCCAACAAUGGUAAAGUAUUGCUUAAUGCACACUCUUCAUCUUGGACUUUGCCAUCAUUUGAAUGGCGGGGCUUGGCUUACCCUGGACGAGAACGGCUGGUUCGGAAAUGUUUGUGGAGUUGACAAGAAAAUGGAACACCUAACGCACCGUUUCCACAUGUGGUGCUCCCUUCAUGGAAUACAUCAUGGGCAACCCAUCAUCACAAAGGGGCACUUGCAUGUGGAGGAUUUUGCAGAGCUGCGGUUGAAGGCUUAUUCCUCUAGAAUCAUGACUGCAUUUUUAGCUGUAGUCCUCAAAGGGCUUUACCAAGAGCGUACGGAAGCUGGAGAGGCUUCCCCAGACUUAGCCCUGGUGACAACGGCAACGGCUCAGCUGGCCAAUUGGUCACUUUGCUUGGAACAAGCACCGUACAAACUCUCAGAUCGUGAAGCGCAGACUCUGUUCGACCAGGGUAUGGAGUUUUUGAGAACAUACAAACUCCUGGCUGUCCAUCACGUGCAGCUUAGAAGCCGGAGGUAUCCGCUCAAGCCAAAAGUCCAUGCUUUUGUGGAAAUCCUGCAUGAAAUGUUGGCCUUCAAAGAGUCUCCUCGAGCAAACCACUGUUAUGGAGACGAAGACUUCAUGGGACAAAUGAAAAGACUGGUGAAGCAAGUCCACCGCGCGACUUUGGAGCUCCGAACAGUUCUGAGAUUCCUGCUGAGAGUGAGAAACCCGGGCAUGAAGGAACAAUGGCCGGUGUGA